CUCAUUUUUUUACUUUUUCCCUACGGUGAUCCCUCACAUGAUUCAAGCUCUGUGGUACGAAACGAUGAUAAAAGUGAAACUCUCUCUCGUGCGCUCUCUCUCUCUUAUGCGCCAUUGCCUCUAUCACUCUCUCUCUCUCCACCACUGUGUCUCUGUCAUUUAUAAACCUGUGCGUUUGUUGUUGAAUGCGUUAUCUACCAUCCGCAAUUUAGCGUUUUACUCCCACUCUUCGUUGAUGACUCUCUCUCUCUUUACUCUUCUUACUCAUCAUGAUCCAAGGCGAGUCUCCCACUCUCCUCUCUCUCUCUCUCUCUCCUCCCGAGAUAAACGUCUCAGCAUUUGAAGUGUCAAGUUGCAAACAAUGCCUAGCCACCUACCAUGGAGCAUUGCUCUCUCUCUCUCUAGAAUGAAAUAAGACAGCGCCAUUUUGAUUGUUUGUUACAAGCCAUAUUUGCAAUGGAGCAUUACGAGAUUCUGGAACAGAUUGGAAAAGGGGCGUUUGGCUCUGCGCUUCUGGUCAAGCACAAACAAGAGAAGAAGAAAUAUGUCCUCAAGAAGAUUCGUCUGGCCCGACAGACUGAACGGUGUCGAAGAUCUGCCCACCAAGAGAUGGAGCUCAUAUCUAAAGCGAGAAACCCUUACAUUGUGGAGUAUAAAGAUUCUUGGGUCGAGAAGGGCUGCUAUGUUUGCAUCGUUAUUGGCUACUGCGAGGGUGGAGACAUGGCUGAAGCAAUCAAAAAGGCAAAUGGGGUUCAUUUUCCAGAAGAGAAACUCUGCAACUGGCUUGUACAACUUCUAAUGGCACUGGACUAUUUACAUUCUAACCAUAUACUCCAUAGGGAUGUAAAGUGCUCAAAUAUAUUCUUGACCAAGGACCAGGAUAUACGUUUAGGCGACUUUGGAUUGGCAAAAAAGUUAACUUCAGAUGAUCUUGCAUCAUCGGUUGUUGGUACUCCCAGCUAUAUGUGCCCUGAGCUUCUAGCUGAUAUACCAUAUGGUCCUAAGUCCGAUAUAUGGUCACUAGGAUGUUGUAUGUAUGAAAUGACUGCGCACAAGUCCGCAUUCAAAGCAUUCGAUAUGCAAGCUUUGAUCAACAAAAUCAACAAGUCGAUAGUUGCUCCCCUUCCAACCAUGUAUUCUGGUGCAUUUAGGGGACUUGUAAAAAGCAUGCUGAGGAAAAGCCCAGAGCACAGGCCAAGUGCCUCGGAGCUGCUUAGGCACCCACACCUCCAACCUUAUGUUCUCAAGGUUCAUCUAAAGCCUGGCCCCCCUAAUUCUCCAAAACCACAUCGGCAGCCUGUGAGUGGCACUGCACGUUCCACUAGUCUACCGAUCCCUGAAAGAGUUUGUGACUUGAAGGAAACUGGUACCUCUACCAGUGGACGAGAUCAUAGUCCAGAGAGGUGGUUGCUAGAUGUUUGUAAAAGGAGUUCUCGAUGUACCAAUGUUGAAAACCCGACUCUUUUCAGUGGUAUAGAGAGAAGGCGAUCUUGCAGUGAUGAAAGGAUUUUAAAACCUAGUGACCCAGUUUCUGAGCUGGAGUCAGAUUAUAUUAAGCCAAGAAUAUCAGAUACCCCAAGUUUUGUGAAGCAUGGGGUGAUAAAUGUAUCAACUGGAAGUGGCCAUGGCAAUGUUGAAGAAAACAAGGUCUUGUAUCCUAAAAGCUCACGAAUUCCUACAACCCCAAAACUGGUUCCUCCUAUUGCUUCCCCCCAUACUCCAGCCAAAGCUUCUGCAACUCCAAAGAAAAGAACUGAAACUUCCAAGAUGGCUCACAUUGGUCACGGUCGAGAAUCACUUCCAUCUGGCCGAACUCCACCUGAUCCACCAAGCAGGACAUCUCUCAUCCACCAAGCUCGCAGAGCUUCUCUUCCCUUGCCAGCAAAAGCCUCACCCCGAACCCCUUGGCCCCCUGACGAGUUUGCAACACCGAGAACCCGAAAAAAUCCCCAAAAAACCCGAGACUCUAUUGUGGACUCCCCAUGCAUCAUUCGCACCCUUCAACGCAUGAAGUCCCCUGACGUCUCAGUCAAUGCCCCUCGCAUUGAUCGAAUAGCUGAGUUCCCUCUCUCUUCAACAGAAAACCACCCAUUUUCUCUCACUAAAACCACAAAGAGAAGCCCAACAAACCCCACACUUGUGGCUUCAAUGCAAGGGUCAUCAAGCUCUUCUGACUCUAUGGACCAGUCAGUAACCCAAGAAAAGUGCACAAUUGAGACCCAUGAGAGGCCAGAAUCCUGUAAGCGUGUGACAGAAAGAUGCCGGCAUUCAGCUGAUGGUUCAUCAGAGAGACGAUUUGACACAAAGUCAUAUCAGCAAAGGGCUGAGGCAUUGGAAGGUUUGCUUGAGUUUAGUGCUCAGUUGUUGCAACAAGAGAGAUUUGAGGAGUUAGGAAUACUUUUGAAGCCAUUUGGGCCAGAGAAAGUUUCUCCAAGGGAAACUGCUAUAUGGCUGACAAAGAGUUUCAAGGGGACUUUGUUAGGGGACCAUUAGAACAUUGGAACUGUGGAAGAAACGGAUGCAUCUUGAGUUGGUCGCCUCUUGUUUGAUGAUGAACUGUAUGUUGCUCUUCCAUUUUAUAAAAGAAGGCAAAAGAAGUAGAGCAUGAUCUCUCAAUCUUUAUGGGGGUUUUGCACCCUGUUUGGGAACAACCCAAAAAAGUGUGUUCUUGUUGUUUUAGGGCCAGCGGUGCUUUGGACUUUGCUCCAUAAAUGGUUUAGAGUGUGCUUUUAUAAACUUUUUAGGUUUUAAUUUAGUUAAUGGCAGAUGCCAAAAUGGGCUGUUCCGUUGGGACCCCACUUGCAAAUAGCAUGUUUCGGCGAUUCGCCAUUAGCCGGCGAGCCCAAAGUGUAGUUGCUUUCUUUGAACUUGAUUCUAAUCAAUGACCCACGACCACCCGAUUACAAAUUUGA